CUACAACUGUAGUGGUGUACUUCUGAAGUUCUGAUUCUGAACCCACCCAGCUUGGCUUGAUAUAAAAAGCCCACCCUGCUGCCCAGUUGCAACUCGCCGCUCCAUCCAUCCUGCUGCACGUUAACCGCUCGGCUUAAUUGGAGGGGGAGAGACAGAGUUGCAGGUGUGUGCUGAUCAGAACAGAUCAGGUCAGCUGGAGGUUGAUCUGAAGGCUCUGCACUAAUAGUAGUAGUAGUAGUAUCUCACCAACUGCAGCAACAUUCAGAAGCAGCUAGUUCAUCAGUGAGUGAGCGAGUGUGUCUCAUACUGAGGAACGAUGAACCAGUUCGCCCCGGCAGAUUGGACCGGUAACAUGGGAGACGCCCUGCCGCCGUUAAGCGGCGAAGACGACGGCCUCGUCGAGCUGCUGUGGUGCAGCGGCCACGUCGUCAUGCAGAGCCAGGCGCCGCCAAGGCCGGCGGUGCCCGAGCAGGAGGCGGCGCCGUGGUUCCAGUACCCCGUCGUCGAUGAAGACGACUACUCCGUCGAGAGGGACCUCUUCUCGGAGAUCUUCGGCGGAAUGCCGGCGGAUGGCGCAGGCAGGCCGUGCAAAGAGGAGGAUAAGGAGCGAGGCGCCGCGGACGCGGUGACCGCGCUCCGAAGCGGGGUGAUGCCGCCGCCGCUGCUGACGGAUAAAGCAGGGUUGCACGGCGACGGCCCGCGCGACUCGCCGGCGUCAGAGGCCGGCGAGUCCUCGGUGGUCACGAUGGGUUCCAGGAGGGUCUGCGGCGGGAGCAACCAGGCCCAGACGCCCCACGUCUCGGAUACCGCCGACGACGACAGCGUGCUGCUGCCGCGGAGCGGCAGGGAAGCCAGGGACGCUAGGUCCUACCACAGCGCGUCGGCGACGUUGACCACGUCGUCGACGUGGUCGAGGCCUUCCGGCGCCAGCAAGCGGAAGCAGAGCGAGGGCCCCAGUGAGGCUAUGCAGGACGUGGAGUCGGACUCCGCCGACGUGACGUGCGAGACGGCGCAGAAGCCGACUACAGCCAAACGGCGGCGCGCCGCCCAAGUGCACAACCUCUCGGAGAGGAGGAGAAGGGACAGGAUCAACGAGAAGAUGAGGGCCCUGCAAGAACUCGUACCCCACUGCAACAAAACGGACAAGGCGUCGAUGUUGGACGAGGCGAUCGAGUACCUCAAAUCGCUGCAGCUGCAGCUGCAGGUGAUGUGGGCUAUGGGCGGCCGCAUGACGCUGGCGCCGGCGCCGGUGAUGUUCCCGGCGGGCGCCCACCAGUACAUGCAGCGGAUGGCCGCCAUUAGUUCCCGGAUGCCGCCAUUCACGACCUGCGUAUACAGUUCAAAUGACCCAGAAAUGACCCAGACACUUUCUUCGUGAUCGCUUUACUUUGUUCAGAGAAGUUCGGUGUACUGUAUUUUAUAUAAAAAAAAUCGUAUUUAGGAGUUUGACAAGUCAACCUAAUCCUUUUAUUUUGAAAUGUAAGGCGUGUUUUGACUAUUUAAACUCAUGUUUUAACCAACAUGUGAAUCAUGUUAUUAUGAAUCAGUAUCAUCAGAUUCACAUUUGAAAGUAGUUCUUGUGGUUAUCACGGUGUAACUAUUAAUGAAAUAAUGUGCAUGAAAUUUAUGCUCAAA